AUGGUAAUAAGAAAAAAUAUAAAUGAAGAAAAUGAGAAAUCUUUGUAUACAAAAAUUAAUUCCUUAAAAAGAAAGAGUGCAAAAAAGAAAUAUCCUAAAAUAAAUUUAGAUAUAAAUAGUUUGAACAGCUCAAAUAAUAAAAAUAAAAUAAAUAAUACUGAGAAUGUUGAAAUUAAAUGGAAUAAUUUAAGUAAUGAAGAUAAUAUAAAUUAUCAAAACAAUGAUAAUAAAACAAAUAUAGAAAAUAAUGUUAAUACAGACUUAUAUAUUCAUGAAAAGGAUAAUUGGGUACAAUGUGAUUUAUGUGAAAAAUGGAGAAAAUUACCAUCAAAUAUAAAUAUGGAUAGCUUACCGAAAGUGUGGUAUUGCAAUUUAAAUAAUGAUAAAAAAUAUAACUCUUGUGAUAUAGAAGAAGAAGUUGUUACUUAUAAUUAUGAUUUUAAUAAAAAUUAUCAACAAAAUAAUAUUAUUAAUGAUUUCAAUGAUAAUAUCCAGUCAUAUGAUAAACAUAAUAAUAAUAAUAAUAAUAAUUACAAUGAUAUAAUUAAUCAUACUGAUAAUAAUAAUAAUAGUAAUAAUAAUUCUACUACUUCUGGUAAUAAUAAGAUAAGUAAUAAUAGUAAUAAUAAUUCUACCACUGCUGGUAAUAAUAAUUACAAUGAUAUAAUUAACGAUAAUAAUGAUGAUGGUGAUAAUAAUAAUAAUUAUUCAAAAGAAUCAAACGAUAAAAAAUUAACUAGUUUUACUAAUUCAGAUGUUAAUAAUUUUAAUUUUUCAAAUAAAUUAGUAAAACAUCAAAUAAAAAAUAAUGUUUAUUUAGAAAAUGAUAAGAAUAUUCUAUAUAGAGAAAUUCUUGAUAAUAAAACGAAUAAUUUAAAUGAAUAUAAAACCAAAGAAAAAAUGAAUGAAAGUUCAGAAAAUAAUAAUUUUUUAAAUACUAAUCAGUUGAUUUCUCAAUUUAAUACUAUUUUUAAUAAUAAUUCUGAAUACAAUAUACAAGAUACUUAUAAGAAUCGUAAUAUGAUAAAAAAAUUAGUCGAAGAAAAGAAGCGGAAAAAUAAUAGUGAUGAUAAUAAGUUACAUAAAGAGAAUAACAGUUAUAUUAAUUUAUAUACUAUAAGAAAAAAUGAUUUAAGCAUAUAUGAAAAAAGUAAUAGUGAUGGAGAUAUAUAUGAAAAAAGAAAAGGUGAUUUAUAUAAAUGUAAAAAAUAUAUGAGUGAUACAGAUAUAUAUAUAAAAAGUUAUAUAAGAAAAAGUAGAAACUAUAAAAAGACAAAUAAUACAUUACCAUUUCAUUCUUCAUAUCUUCAUUACAUCAAAUCUGAUAAGUUUAAUAAAAAAAUAAAUGAAAAAAAUAGAAAAGAUAUAGAAGAAAAACAAAGUAUUAUUCAAAAAAAAGAAAGGAAAAAAAAAAAAGAAAAUAAUAAUUCUAUAAAUAUGUUUAAUAUAUCGAAAAAAAGCAAAAGUUUUAAAAAAAAAAAAAAAAAAAAAAAAAAAAGUGACAUAGAGCAACAAAUAAAAAUAAUAAAAAAAAGGAAAAAGAAAAAAGACAAAGAAAUGAAAAAUGUAAAAAAUGAAAACUAUAAUAAUAUACAAAAUUAUAAAAAUAUUAAUAAUGAAAACAUUUUAUAUUAUAAUGAUGAUUCAAAUUAUAAUUUAAAUAAAAAAAAUGAGAAUAUAUGGAAUAAUGAUUUUUUAAAAAAUAAAUUAUUAGAAAAUAAUAUAAUUAUGUCUAAAAUAUAUUCUGAUUUAAGAAAAAAUCAAAAUAAUAAAGGAAUUUAUGACCAUAAUAAUAAUGAUAUUGAUUAUAUUGAUAAAAAUGAUAUAAUUAAUGAUAAUAAUAAUAAUAAUACAAGUAAUAAUUUAAAUAGCAAAUAUUGUAUUAAUAAUAAUAUAAAUAAUAAUUCAAUAAAUAAUAACACUGCUAAUAAUGUAGUAAAUUGGGUACAAUGUGAACUUUGUAAAAAAUGGAGAAAAUUAGAUCAACAUAUUAAUAUUAAUUUGUUACCAGAUAAAUGGUACUGUUUUUUAAACUUUUGGAGUAAUUAUAAUAAUUGUGAUAUAGAAGAAGAAAUAUAUAUUGAAGAAAAUAAUAAUUUAGAAAAUACAGAAAAUAAAAAUUUACAAGAUGUAAAUAAUAAAAAUUUACAAAAUGUUGAUAAUAAAAAUUUACAUUCUUACAAUUUGAUUAACCAAAAAAAGGAAAAAAAUGAAAAAAAAAAUAUUGUAAAAAAUUUUUUAAACAAUGUUACGAAGAAUCCAAAUAAAAAUAAUAAUGAUACAAAAUUUAAACUAAAUAAAAAUAACAAAUGUAUAACUAAUAAUAAUGAUUCUAGCAAAUUAUAUGAUAGUAGUAAUAUCAUUAUAUCAAAUGAUGACAAUAAAAAUUUUUUGAACAAAGAUAUUUCAAAUAUAAAUGCUUAUGAAAACGGUGUAUAUAAUAACUAUACAUUAAGUGAUAGUAUAAUAAAUGAUGAUACUUUAAAUGAAAACUUCUUAUCUUUUAAAAAAAACGAAUCUCAUAAUUUAUCAAUCAAUUUCUUAAAUACUCCAAUAAAGAAUAAUUAUAUACCAUCUAUAAAUUAUGAAAAUAAUCAACUGUUAUUACAUAAUUAUGGGAAUAAUGAUGAUGAAAUUUGUAGUAAUAAAGAUAUAGUGAAUCAUAAAAAAAAAUGGAGUAAAAAUGAAACAUCAUUUAAUAAUUUUUCAGUUUCUACUUCAACAUCCCAUGAGAAAAAUUUUCUUUCGAAUUCUUUGAAUAUAUCAAAAAAUUCCUCUUCCGAUAAAGUUCAUAAAAAUAAUUAUAUAAAAGAAAAUGAUGAUAACAUAAUAGAAAAAGAAAUAAACAACAAGAAUAUGAGUACUGAAGAAGAUAAUAACUAUUGGGAUAUAUUAAAAAAUACUAAAUUAAAUUAUUAUUUAAAUAAUGGGAAUUAUUAUAAAAUGUUUCAUUCUUUACCGAAAUUUAAUUAUGAUUACAUUGAGAAUAAUAAUGAAAUUUUAAGAGAUUUGAACUCAGAAAAUAGGAAUUUAUAUGAUAAUAAUUCUUGCGAUUCAUGUAAUUUUAUUAAAGUAAAAAGAUCAAAUUCAUGUAAUAUGAAUAUUACAAAUAUUUCUGAAAAUUGUAGAGAAAAAAAUUAUUUAUCAGAUAGUUUUUUAACAAAAGAACACAGAAAAAAAAUUAACUGUAAUUGUGAAUAUAAAAUGAAGCAAAAUAAAUUAACACAACGUUUAAAUUAUUUUUAUAAAAAUAUUCAAAAUGAUAUAAAAUUUUACUAUCCAGAUGAUAAUAAAGAUGAUCAUGAUGAUGAUGAUGAUGAUUAUAAUAGCAAUGUUAAUAUGUAUAGUUCACAUCUAGAAUUAAGUGGAAAAAGUAAGGAUCAAAUUAAUAAAAAGAAAAUGAAAUAUGAAAAUGAAAUUAAAAUCUCUUAUCUAUAUAAUUUUAUGAGAGAUAUCCCGAAUUUAGAAAAUAAAAAUAUAGAUGAUUAUAAUUUAGAAAAUAACUUUCAUUUUGUGAACCACUUUAACAAUUUAAAUACAUCUUUCAUUAGUUACAAAGAUGGUAUGAAUAAUGAUAAUGAUUAUGAAAGGGAAAAUUCUAAUGAUAAUAAUAGUGAUAAUAAUAAUGAUAAUAAAAACAUACGUGAUAUAUUAAGUAGGAUGAAAAACGAAAAAUAUAAAGGUAAUAUUAUUAAUGAAAAGGUAAAUAAUGAAAUAUUUUUUAAUAAAACAAAUAAUUACGAGAUGGAUAAUAAAAUUAGUAUUAAUAAUAUUGAUAUAUUAAUGCAUGAUAGAAUAAAUGAUAAUAAUUAUAAAAAUGAAAAUAAUAAUAAUAAUGAAGAAAACGAUAAUAUAUUUGACAAUUCUUAUAUUAAUGAUAAAAGUGUUAAGAAAUAUUCCAAUAAUGAGGAUGAUAAUGAACUAAUUUCAAAUUAUUUAUGUUGUAAUAGUAAUAAUGAAAAAUUAGAAAGAAAUUUAAAUUUUUCUAUUUCAAAUGAUGACACAAAAUAUAUUCAAUCGAACCUUUCAAAUUUUAAGUAUAUUAACAAUUUAAAAGGGCAACAAGAAGACAAGAAUUAUUAUUAUAACAAUAAUUUUAACAAAGAAUCAAACAUAUUAAGUAAGUCAUUAGAUCAUUCGAAUUUAUAUUAUAAUUUAUCUUCACAAGAAAAUUUUCAAGAAUUAAUGGAAAAUUAUAAUUUAAAUACCACAAAAAAUAAAAAAAAAACAUAUAAAAGUAGAUCUCUAAGUAAUAUUAAUCAAAAUGAUCCUAAUUUUAAUUUUUUGAAUAACAAUAUAAAUACUCAAAUGAAUAUUUCAUAUGACAAAAAUAAUUUGAGCAUUUAUGAUAUGCAAUUAACAGAAGAUAAUUAUUAUAAUAAUAACGACAGCAAUAAUAAUGAUGAUAAUAAUAAUAAUAAUAUUAAAUUAAAAAAAGAAAAUCUUGAUUUUUUAAAAAAUAAUUUUGAUAAAUUACUAAUAGAUGAUUUUAUUAAAAUAAAAAGUUAUUUAAAUGGAAAGAAUCAUAAUAAUGAUUUAAAUAAAAAUCAUCAAAAAAAAAUGAUUAGAACUAUAUCUAAUAAUAAUUCUAUUUUAAAUGAUAAUACUUUUAAUAAUUCUUCUAAUGACUCUUUUGAUAAAUUAUUAAAGUUUCCAACAAAAGAAGUUAAUGAUAAAAGUAAUUAUAGUAAUUCAAUUAAUAAAAAUGAAAAUAUACCUUUAAAUAAUAAUAAUAAUAAUAAUAAAAAUAAUUUAACCAAUAUACAAAAAAAUGCUUUAAAAUAUCCACUGCUUUCAAAUAAAAAUAGUACAAAAAAUGAAACUAAUUUUAAAAAAAAUAUUAAAAAUAAUUCACAUAAUAAUAGAAAAAACUAUGAAAAUAAAAUUAAAAAUUUUAAAUCACAGUUGGAUAUAGCAAAUAUAAACAAUGGAAGUUUAUCAAAUAAUGAUAAAAAAAGUUUCGAUAAGGAAAAUAAGAAAGGACAAAAGGAAUAUAAUGAAUAUAUAACAUUUAAUAUGGAUUAUAAUGAAAAUAAAAAUAGUAUCAAAGAAUUAAUUAAAAAUAGAAUUAAUCAAUUAAGUACUAACGCAAAAGGAAAUAUAAAUAAUAUAAUAAAUAAGAAUGAAAAAUGUGAAAAUAGUAAAAUAAAGAUGACUAUAUUAAAUGCAAAGAAUUUAAAAAAACAUAUAUUAAGUAAUCGUGUAAUUAUUUAUUCUAAAGGAGUUUCUUUAGCUUAUAAUGUUGAUGAAAUAAAUAAAAAAAGUAUUUUUUUUUAUAAUAAUGAAGAAAACAACAAUAAAUGCAAAAAAAGUCAUGAUGAUAUUAAUAAAGAUAUCCAAAAUGAAGUUGAAAGUACUAUAUAUUUUAAUUAUGCAAAUAAUAUUAAUUUUAAUGAAAUUGAUAACAGUAAUUCUAAUAAAAUAAAAAAAAUAGGUACAACUGUUUUUAAUUACGAUUUUAAAAAAAUGAUUAAUGAAAUAAGCAUAUUUAAUAAUAAUUUAAAAUAUCAAAUACCUCAACUAAAAUAUAAAUUUAAAAAAUAUAUUAAUAUACAAGAUGAAAAAAAACAUAUAUACACAGAUAAAGAAAAAGAAGAAUAUAACAAAAUUAAUACAGAUAUAACAAAUAACACAUUAGCAUUAGAAAAUAAUAAUGAUGUAGAUAAUUAUAAAAGAACCGACAAGAAAAAAUUAAAAUUAAAAAAAUUGAAUGAAAAUAAAUUUCAUAAUAUUGAAAUAGAUUUUCAAGAGCAAUCAUCUAUAGUAAAGAAAUAUAAAAAAGUAAGUAAUGAACUAUCAGAAAAUACAAAGGAUUUAAAAAAAAACAAAUUAGGAAACAGUAAAAGUAAAAUAAAUAAUAUAGAUACCAACAUUAGUAAAAAUGAUAAUGUGAAUAAUAAUAUUAUUAAUUGCAAUAAUGAUAUUUUUCUUAAUAGCAAUAGUAACAUAUCAGAAAAAGAUGCAAACAUAAAAGGAUUUAAUUAUAUGAAUCAAAGCUUAAAUGAAAGUAUUAAUAGAACAUAUAAGAAAAUGAAAGAUAAUAUUGAAAAAUUUCAAUCUUCCUUAAACAUUUGUGAAACAAAAAACAAAAAUGAUAAAAAAUUAAGUAUGAAUAAAAAAAAAACUAAAACAUUAACCGAGAGUAUAAUCAAUAAUAAGAAAAAAGAAACUAAAUCAAAAAAAACAUUACUGAAAACCUUUAAAAAAAAAAAAAAAAAAAAAAAUUAUAUAAAUACAACAAAAAAUACUGAAAAGAAUGAAUUAAAUAACGAAUCAGUUUUUAAUGAAGAUUUUUCUAAAAAAAAAAUAAACAAUGGAAAAAAAAAUAAAAAAAUAAAAACAAAGAUACUGAUUGAUAAGGAGCUUAAAGAAAAAAAAUCAAAGAAUGUAACUACUAGUGAAGAUAAAGUAAAAGUUAAUGAAAAAAAGAAAAAGAAAAAAAUCAAAGAAGCAAUAAUUGAUUCAAAAAAAGUAAAUAUAGAAAAUAUUCAUGUAAUAAAUGAACAGAAUAAAUUUAUAGAUGUGAAUGAAUCAAUAAAAAGUGAAUCAAAUCAAGUUAUAGAAAAUUUGAAUGAAAUAGAAAAUGGUUCUUUUAUCUCUAAUCAUACUCCUCUAAUAAAAAAUAAAGAAAGUAAUAUCAAUAAUAAAAUUGAAAGUGAAGAAGGAAAUAAAAGUGAUAAUCAAAAUGAUGAUUUCAGUAAAACUAAAAUAAGUAAAUAUAUAAAGUAUGAAAAAAUGAAUAGUAAAGAUUAUUGUGAAGAAAGUUCUCAAAAUACAAAAUUCUCUUAUGAAUUAAAAAAAAAAAAAAAAAAAAAAAUUGAAAGAAAUGAAAGUUGUGAGAAUGUUAAAAAUAUUGAACAUUAUGAGAAAAAUGAGAAUAGCAUACAAGAGGAAUUAGUAAAUACUACUUUUAAUAAUGAAUUAUGCAACUUAAAGAAAAAAGAACAAGUAGGAAAAAUCAAGGAAGAAAUAAAUAAUAGUUCUCAACAUUCUCAAGAUGGCUCUAAUAUGAAAUUUUAUAAUAACAAAAAUAAAAUAGAUUAUUUAAAUAGUGAUCAAAAAGAAAUUAACAGCAAAACUGAUUGUGAUGAUAAUGAAAACAAUAUGGAAAAUAAAUUUGAAACAAAAAAAAUAAACCUUAUUGCUAUUUCUGAAAAAGAUGAUACUCAUAAUUCAAAAGAGACAUGUGAUAUUUUUAAUCAAUCAAUUCACAAAAAAUUAUCAAUUAUGAAAAAAAAAAAAUAUAAACUAAUAGAAAGAAGAACCUUCAGUGAUAUAGAUAUUAAUGUAAUAGAUAAUUUAUCAUUAGACAAAAAUAUAAAUUUAAAUGAAUCUAAUAGUAAAAUAAAUGAAAUGAAAAAUUUUGAUGACACAUUUAAAAUAAAUACAAAAAUAAAAGAAAUGAAUGAACAUUAUUAUAGUGAUUCUUUCGAUUAUAUACAUGGAAUUAAUUUUAAAAAAAGUAAGAAAGAUAUUUGCGAUAAAAAUGCAUAUAAUUUUAUUAAGGAUUUAAGGAAAAAGUCGUUUUUAAAAAUAGAUGAUGUAGAAAAGGAAAGAAAAAAAGAUGAAUAUAAAAAAGAAAAAAAACACGAAUUUUUGAAAAAUAAUGAUUUGUUUAUGAAAGAAAAAAAAAACAAAAGUAAUUUAUUUAAUUCAAGAAUACAUAUUAGAAAAGAAAGUUACAAAAAAAAAGAUAAAAACAAAAGCAGUAGUAGAAAUAAUAUAAAAAUAAAAAAUGAAGAAAGAAGCAUAAGUAAAAAUUAUGAAAAAUAUUAUUUUAAAGAAUAUAUAGAUAAAAUAAAUUGCAAGUCAGAAAAAGAUUACAAAAAAAAUGAAAGUGAUUCAAGUGAAUAUUUUUUGGAAAAAAGAAAUAAAAAAAAAAAUGCAUGUAAAAACGAUCAAUUUUACAAAAAAAUUUUUAAUAAAGACAAUAAUAAAUACAGAACAGAUAUGAGAUAUAGUAGUAGUAGUGAAGAUGAAAAAAAAAAUUAUAAAUUAAAAAAAGAGAAAAUGUAUGAAUAUUCAAAUAUGUCUAAAUAUGAAGAUAACAACUUGCCUAAUCGUAAAAUAAAAAAUGUUGAUAAAAAUUAUUCAUAUAAUGAUAUUGAUUAUAGUAGAAAUAAUAAAAAUAAUGAAAGCAAUAAAUAUUACUCACUUAAAUCAAAAGUUAAUUAUUUAAGUGAGAAGAAAUUUAAAAAUCAAAAUAAAGAAGAUCAAAAUGAUUAUGACCAUAGAUAUUUUAAAAAAUAUAAGUUUUAUGAUUAUAAAGAUAAUAAGAAUGAAUAUACUAAGAGAAAAUUUAGUAAUCUGUCUUACCAUAAUAAAACAUAUUUCAAAGAUGAUAAGAAUGCAAAUGGUGACAAAAAUAUAUUAAAAGAAAGAGCUAACAAUAUUUCUGAAAAAUUGAAAAUAUUUAAGCAUAAUAAUGUAGAAGAUGAAGAUAAAUAUGAAAAUGAUAAAAAAUAUAAAGAAAAACAUAACAAAUAUAAAAACGAUGAUAAAUAUGAAGAUAAGUAUUACACUAAAUAUGAUAGAUUUGAUGAUAAAUAUGAAUAUGCAAAUAAAUAUAAUAAAUAUGAUAACAAGUAUGGUAUGUAUGAAUCGAAAUAUGAUAAAUAUGAAAAUAAGUAUAAUAAAUAUGAAAGUAAGUUUGAUAAAUAUGAAAAUAAAUAUGAUAAGUAUGAAAGUAAAUAUGAUAAAUAUGAAAAUAAAUAUGAUCAAUAUGAAAAUAAACAUGAUCAUUAUGAUAAAAAUGAAAAUAAAUAUAAGAAUGAAAGUAAAUAUAGACGUGAAAAUAAAUAUGAAAAUAAAUAUUAUAAAUAUGAAAAUAAAUAUGAUAAAUAUGAAAAUAAAUAUUAUUAUAAGAAUGAAGAAAAAUAUGAAGUGAAAAAUGAUAAAAAUUUUGAAAACAAAUUUACUGCAAAAAAUGUCUUAAAAAAUGACAAGAGUAUUAUAAAAAAUAUAAAAGAUGAUUCUAAUAACUAUCUAUUAAAAGAUUAUAACACUGAGAAUCAAAAUGACCAUAAUAUAAAAGACGAAAAUACUUUUCACAAAAAUGAUAAAGAAAAAAAGGAAAAUGUGCUAAACGAAAUUAGCAAUAGUGAAAAAACAAAGGAUAUUAUUUUGAAUGGUAAUAAUGAUGAUCAUAAGACGAAUUAUGAAAACAAGGAACUUCUUAUUAAUAAUGAAAUUACAUCUAAUAAAACUGAGUGUAUUCUUAAUAAUGAUAAAGUAGAAAAUAAUAAUUUAGGAAAUAAUAAGCACGAUAAAAAAAAUCUUAAUAGUGAUUAUGAAAAAAAAGAUUUCGAUUUUAAUAUGUACGAAAAAAAAAACUCUGAUUUCAAUCAUAGAUAUGAAAAACAAAAUCUUGAAAAAAACACAGAUAUAAAAAGUUAUCGUUGUAAAGAAAAUGAUUAUAAAUAUAUAGAUGAUAUUGAUGAAGAUUUCCAUUAUAAAAAAAAUAAGCACAAAGAUAAUUUUGAAAAUGAAGAAAAAUAUAUUAACUAUAAUUACAACAAAAAAAAUGAUAAUUUUCAUAUAUAUCCUAAUAGAAAACUUAUAAAUAAAAAUUUUAAAAAUUAUUAUUCCAACAAAAGCAGUCAAAACAGAGAAGAUAUAAACAAAAAAAUGAAAAAUGAUAAUUAUACAAAUAUAAAAAGUUUUAAGCAUAUCAGUAAUAUUCAUUUAAAAAAAAAAGACCCAAUGCUUUUUAAAAAAAGUUAUAAAAUUCAAAACAAAUAUUUACAUGAUGGUAAUUAUAACCAAGAUGUAAAUAAAUAUGAAAACUCUUAUAAAAAGAAAAACCAUUUUUUUUCAAACGAUUAA